AUGAAUACGAAAGGACGAGACUACGUUCGCGUGAAUAUGCCACUGCUUGGCCUGGGAACAUGGCAAGUUCGAUCUUCCGACAUUCCCGGAUCUCUCGAUGCUGCUCUUUCUGCCGGCUACCGCUUCAUCGACACUGCACAAAUCUACGGAAACGAAGCUGCGAUUGGGAAAGCGCUGAAAGAACUCCUACCCAAAUACAAUCUUUCUCGAGAGAACAUCUUUAUCACUUCAAAGUUGGCCCCAGGAAAUCAGGGUUCUGUCGCAGAGGACUCGAUACAAAAAUCACUGGAGAAUCUACAAAGUGACUACAUCGAUUUGUUCAUUAUUCACUGGCCCGGUUCAUCAAAUCGUUCAGAAAGUCCCAAAAACGCGGCUCUUCGAAGACAAAGCUGGGAAACAAUGGAGAAGCUUCACGAACAGGGAAAAUUGAGAGCGAUCGGUGUUUCAAAUUACCUUGAAAGACAUUUAGAAGAGCUCUUGAGUCACACGAAAGUUCUUCCAGCGGUCGAUCAAUGUGAAUAUCAUGUACACUAUCAAACGAAUGAUCUUGUGAAUUACUGCAAAGACAAAGGAAUUCACUUUCAAUCUUACAGCACUCUCGGAUCACCAGAUGGUCGGAAAAAGUUAAUGAAUGAUCCGAAAGUCGUCACUUUGGCUGAGAAAUACAAGAUUUCCGUUCCAGUUUUGCUGCUGGCUUGGGCAAUUAAUCAAGAAAUUAGUGUAUUGCCUCGAAGCACAAAGAAAGAUCACAUUGAGGAGAAUUUCAAGGCACUGCAAAUUCAAAUGGAUCCAGCUGAUGUUCAAUCACUUCUUUCAAACGAUGCUAAAUCAAAGUAUUGUUGGGAACCAAAUAGUGUUGUU